GUCCCUCCAAAAUUUCACUGUCUCGACCAACAUUUCCUUGAAAAAAAACCCUCAGCAUCUUCUGUUGCUCUCUAAACAAUGGGAGAGAUCGAUCCAUCAUUCAUCCAAUCCACGGAACACAGGCCCAAACUCGCCUCCACCGAAGCCGAGGGUAUUCCACUCAUCGAUCUCUCUCCACUUCACAACUCUCCACCCGACUCCACCGCCAUGGAAAACCUCGUAGCCGAGAUAGGCAAUGCGUGCAAGGACUGGGGAUUCUUCCAGGUCAUCAACCAUGGAGUCUCUGUCAACUAUCGCCAAGCAAUUGAGUCGGUGUCGAGAGAGUUUUUUAAACAGUCAAUAGAGCAGAAGAGCAAGGUGAAGAGAGAUGAGUUGAAUCCGAUGGGGUAUUAUGAUGGAGAGCACACCAAGAACGUCAGGGAUUGGAAAGAGGUUUUUGAUUUUGUGAUGCAGGUUCCGACGCUGAUUCCGGCUUCUCAUGAAGAUGGUGAUGAGGAAGUGAUUAUGUUGCUCACUCAAUGGCCUCAGUAUCCUCCUAAAUUCAGGGAGGCAUGUGAAGAGUACACUAGAGAAACAGAAAAACUGUCUCACAAGCUUUUGGAACUCAUCUCCCUGAGCUUAGGGCUGCCCGCAAACCGGUUCAGUGGCUGCUUCAAAGAUCAAACAAGCUUCACGCGACUCAACUACUAUCCGCGUUGCCCCAUUCCUGACCUUGCCCUCGGUGUUGGUCGACACAAGGAUGCCGGUGCCUUGACUGUCCUUGCUCAGGAUGAUGUUGGAGGCCUCGAAGUUAAGCGCAAGGAUGGAGAAUGGGUUCGAGUUAAACCUACCCCGGAUGCUUACAUUGUUAAUGUGGGUGAUCUUAUUCAGGUUUGGAGCAAUGACAAGUAUGAGAGUGUGGAGCACAGGGUGAUGGUGAACUCCGAGAGGGAAAGGUUUUCCAUUCCAUUCUUCUUCAACCCAGCACACUACACCAUGGUGGAACCUGUGGCAGAGCUGGUGGCGAAUGAGCAAAACCCGGCCAAGUAUAGGGCAUUCAACUGGGGAAAGUUUGUCAGCGCCAGAGCCCUUAGCAAUUUCAAGAAGCUCGAUGUCGAAAACCUCCAAGUUUAUCAUUUUAAGACAUCAGGAUGAUAGAAUUAUAUGUAUGUACAAGAAAUAAUAAUAAUAUGUUGUUCUAGCUUUUCCUUGGCUAUCCGUACUGUAUAAAACUUUAGAAGCUUGGCUAAGUUUGUAUGGAGAUUGAAUUUGCAAUUAUAAUAAAACUGAAUUCUAGCAAAACUUCUAUUUGCUUA